AUGGCGUCUGGUAAUGAGCGCGACUUCAACUGUUCGUGGGAGCAUUGCGGCAAGUCGUUGAAUCGCAAGUCGGAUCUCUGUCGCCAUUAUCGAAUACACACCAACGAGCGACCCUAUUAUUGUACAGUUACGGAUUGCAAGAAGACUUUCAUCCAGCGCAGUGCUCUGACCGUACACUCACGGACUCACACCGGCGAGAAGCCGCAUGUCUGUGACCACGAGGGCUGCCAAAAAGCAUUCUCUGAUUCCUCCAGUCUGGCCCGUCAUCGAAGAAUCCACACGGGUCAACGACCAUAUAUCUGCCAAGACCCGACCUGUACGCGAAGCUCACCCGUGGAUGUUUUACUUCAUAGUUUCUCUCGAAAAACCACUCUGACCAAACAUCAACACCACUCACACCCACCAGUGUCCUUGAGCCAAACCCCCUCCAAAGACACGACCUCGAAACACUCAUCUCGGCAGCAAUCCCCGGUGAACGGCAACAGCCUGCAUCUCCCCAUCCAGCAGGCCUACUACGCAAACUCAGCGAUCUCCAAUUAUGGAUUCUACAGGCCACAAAGCGAGCAGGUGGGCUCGUUGGGGAUGGACGAGGCCGCGCUGAUCGUGACGCGCAACAUCCCCGUCACCUCUGCGAUGGACAUGUCGCAUGGGGCGCAUUACGUACCGCAGCACCGUCAGGUGCACCCGUAUCCAGAACAACAACAUCAGCACAUGCAGAUGAUCCAGGAGAGCUAUAACCCGACUCCGCGCACCAACUAUCUGUUGCCCGCAUUCCACCAUCCUUCGUUCCAGGACCAACAGCUGCCAGAGGACCAACCAAUGAUGGUGGGAUACCGUCCUAAUUUCCAGAAAUAA